GCAAAUUACACCAUUUAAAUAGCACAAAAGGAAUCAGUUCGUCCAGGUAGCAUUUAAAUUCCCCAGUCUGCAAAAGAUGAAACAGCAUAAUUCAUCAUGAUUUGGCGCCUGGUGAAUGACCCAGUUCUGUCAAUAUCUUAUGAUAGUUUCUGAUGCGUUAUAUAUAAGUUGUUAGGAGGAAAUAAACGCACUUAUUUCCAGAGUGAAAACUUUAAAACUUUUCAAAAACGGCUGAGAUAAAAUAGAAACACAACAGCUUGAGGAAAAUAGAAGUAAGUGCUGUGUGGUGAUAGAUUUGCGUUUGUGACUGCUUUUUAAAGGGGUUUUUUUUACCUGUUUUAGGAAUGAAUAACAUUAAAGAUACAUACGGUGAAAAAGUGAAUCAUAUUUCCCGUACUUUGAAUUUGAGUCAAGCUAAAUCCAGUUUGAAACAUUCACUGCCAAAACUGACCAGGUGUUCAACCAAAGAUCUAAAUGUUGUUUCAGGUGGCAUUAGAGCAACCAGGUGACGAAGCCACGUGUUUAUUGAUGUGUCUGGCUUCCCCUCAGUGCACAACGUGACGGAUGGAGACAAGCACCAGCAUAAACAAAGCUUGCGAGCGGAGAGCAGGUGAACACACAAGGGAUUAUAAACAGAUGCCUUUUUUUUUUUCUUUUUUUUUGAAAAUGCCAGGAAAAAGACAAAGCAUAUGAAAUAUAGUUUUUUAAAAAUAACUGCUCUCAGAUUUGUGUCGUAUAACAUGUAAAAACAAAUGAGCACGGCCUUUUCAGGUCACCUACAUUUCACAGGGCUCUCCACAAAUGUUUGCACAUCCGUUAAUCAUAAAUAAAAAUCCUUAAAAUAAGCUUGUUUUUGUUGCAGUAGCAUCAUGUCAUACUCAAAAUGUAUUUUUAUUCAGCGGUGAUAAAAUACCUUGCUAAACAAUCACCCUUUUUAACACACUUACUUUCACCAAUGAUAGUGAGGUUGUUUCAGAUCACUUUACUGUCUGUUGUAAUAAAUUGAUGACAGUCAAAUGUGUAAUGCAAGAUGUUGCCUUAAUUAAGAAUAACAUUUCUCAGUAGUGAAUAAUGUUCUGCCAGUGUUUGUUGAGAUUUGCAAUUUGAUGAAAAACUUGCUUUGGUUUUCUCCUUAUCUGUACACACACACAAAAAAAAAAACUGCUCAACUUUAAUUUUUAGGGUGGAUUGAGUGAAAGCUUCACCACACAGUUUUCCCUUAGAAACUUUCAUGUACUUCUGAAGCUCAGCAAACCAAAUUUUUUCAGAAUAAAGAAAGGGUCAGAGGUUAAGCUUCUCUGCAUGGCACGCGGAUUAUCUUCUUAUGUUUUGAGCAAUUACUCAAAUGAAACACCAGGCAUGUUCGUUGGUGUGACCUCAUCAGAAAAGUCACCUCUGAAUCUGACAUUUCUACCAUCUUUGUCAACUUCACAGAAACGCUAAAGUGUCCUGCAAAAGUAUCCAUACCCAGCAGAUAUGUUUACGUUAUCCACACCACUCAGUGUGUUUUAUUAGAAUUUGAUGUGAUAGAUCAUCAGAACGUAGCACAUGAUGGUGAUGUUGGGUGAAAAUGAUGCAUUCUCUUUUCUCUAUGACCCUAGACUAAACUUCAGGGUAAUAAAUUGAUCUCACAAGUCAUGCAUUAAGUAAAUGAAAUAAACACAAUUUCCGUGGUAAAAAAAAAAAAUAGUGGUGGCAGUACUAUACUGCAGAGAAAAACAUCCCAAUGAUACUUCUUUGGGAUGUCCAAUUACUCUGUACCAAAGUAGUUGUCCUAGUGCUAGAUCUACAAUGGACUGGGUUAGAUCAAAGCAUAUUCAUGUGCUAAUAUGGCUCAAUCAAAGUCCAGACCCCAAUACAUCUGAGAAUUAGUGGCAAAUUGAAAGUUCAGGCUUGCAGAUGCUCUACAUCCAAUCUGAACUAACUUGAUUUGGUUGGUAUAGAAAACUUUACAUUUAUUUUAGUCUCUAGCAGAAAAAGGUGUUCCUGUGACGUAUUGACUCAGAGGGUUGAGGUGCAUGCCACACUUUGUAGAUUUUUAUUUGUAAAGCAUCCUGCAAAGCAAGCAGUUUGCUCCACUUGACAAUUACUUUUUCACGCUGGUGUAAAAAUAUGAAAUGUAUUUAUGUCAACAAACACAAAUGAUUUCGGUGAUUGUAAAGUUUGAGGGCUUUGAAUUACUUGUAAUUAUUCUGGAGCGGGUUUGAUAAAUUGAGGACAAAACUGUGCACAGGUGGACUUCUAGGACUUCUCUACCUAAACUCGUUUCCCCCAAUCCUAUAAAAGCUGGCUUGAGCUGAUAAAGUGGCUAAUAUGGAGCAACAGCUCCAUUGGCUCUGACAGCAGACUGAGAUGAAUGGCUUUUUCUAUCAGGAAUUAGGGUCUUCUGCCGCCAGGAAGUUUCUAAAGCAGGUCAGCGUCAUUAAGCGGACGGCGUGUUUUGCGCUCGUCUCUGCUGUCCCUGCGCACUGGAGACUCUCCCCACACCAUUCCCCAGUGUUUUGGUGCUCGGUGCUCACACCUGAAGUGACAGAGCCGAGCUCAAAGCGCACAGAGCUGGGUUUGGAGAGCCAGACAGAGAAAAAAGAUUUAUGCAGGAGGAAGGAUGCGCGCAUAUGGCGAGAGUUGGAUGGGUUCGUUGUGAAUGAAUUUCUCCUCUAAGAGCUGCAUUUAUUUAAGAAGAAAUCACAAGCGUCUGGCGUUUCUGCGCGCUGCUCUUCCUGCCUGCCGUCCGAGGUUCUUCGAAGCACCAUGCGAGCCGGAGAGACGCGCCUUAUGCCAUGUUGAACAGCUCCCCGACCCUCCUACUGGCUCUGACCGCGGUGGCCGCACUUCUCUCGCCAUGCCGAGGCUGGAGCGACGAGGACUUCCUCCUGCCGCCCAUCAACUCCUCCAACAGGUUCUUGGCCAACCUGGAGGUGGACGUGCGCUUCUCCAAGAGGUCCGUGGAGGAAAGCGACGCCUCGCCCGAAGCAUCCCCGCUGCAGAGCCUCGCUCCAGCGCAGUCCCAGUGCAACGUGACGGUCCACAGGCUGCUGCCCACCUCGCUGGUGGCCCGCUGGGACAGCAGCUUCGGCUUCCAGUGUGAUGUGCUCGUCUACACCACCAACAACCACGGCAGGGCGUUCUUCUCCGCCUCCUUCAACCGGGCCAUCUCACCCGUGGUGAUCGAGCACCUCGGGGUCACCGGGGGUCAGCAGGAGAUGAGGCUGUGCGUGGGUUGCGGGAUGUCCCGGUACCGCCGGUUCGGCCAGGGCAGGUCGAGGGGACAGCAGAGCGGGGACCAGGUGGCUUUCUGCUGCGUGGAUUUCAGCCUGGACGAGCUGAAGGGGGACAAAAGUUGGAGGCUGAACAGGAAGCCCAUCGAGUCGACACUUGUGGCUUGUUUCAUGACUCUGGUCAUCAUCGUGUGGAGUGUUGCUGCUCUCAUAUGGCCGGUACCGAUCAUUGCAGGAUUUCUGCCUAACGGUAUGGAGCAGAGGAGACCCAGAUAACUGAAAAACCCACGACACUAAAGGGCUAUUCCGCUGCAUUUAACAACCCCUGCCGUCAUAAAUCUGAAUAAUAAGGAUGGUCAAACUUCACCAAGAUUAUUUUAGACUUAUUUCAGUCUAUCAAAUACAAGUUGGGAUUUGUGAAACCUUUGUGAAAUGUCAUGAAUGAGCAAUUUUAAGGCUUAUCUGAACGCCGCACAAAAUCACACGACCAAGACAAUUAUUCUAGCUUUACGAAGCCUGUAUUUAAUACAUAAAAACAUUAAAUACAGAUUAUGUAAAACGUCGUUUCUGAUUGGUUGAGUUCAGUUUUAAAAAGUAAAGAAAAAAACUAUUUUGAGGUUUGUUUUAACAUCACUAAGCUAAUUUUCAAACUGGAUCAUGUUUGAUAAAUUAUGCCACAUGGACAGCUCAAACUAGCUGUUGUAAGACAUUUUAUAAAAAUGUUUUACAACAUUGUGGUUUUUGCAGUCCUAGUUGUUUGUCUCUAAAAAAAGAUUCUUCUUUUGCUCAGAGACCAUCAAAUCUGGGCUCCAGCUUGAAGGUUACAGAACCUGGACAAAUAAAAUCCAUACAGAACAAUCUGGGGAUAGACAGUAUAGGAUUGGAGGAUUUUCUGAAACCCGGUUUCAGAAAAUGUAGAAAAUAUAGAGCUGUUGUAAGGUUUUGUUUUAUUUUUGUUUGUAUUAUUUAUUUUGCUUGAUACCACUUUACAGGACUUCCUUCCUGACAUUUUUAUAAAACAAAUUUACUUUAAAGGACGCACUAUGUGUAAUUUCUGAUUCAAAUUUACUAAGACUCCAAAAAGAGUCAAUUGAAGGCUUUUUUUUCCCCCCAUAAGACCAAGUUAUUUAGUUGAAAAGUUGAAAAGUACACCACUUAAACAGAUCACAUCUGAACAAAAUAAGUUUUUUUAAUAUGUGAGCCCAAUUGUAAAAACAACUUUUAAAAAACUUGAUUUCAAAGCUUCAUUUUGGCCCAUGCACCUUAAAUGAGGUUCACUAUGAAACGAAACUGACGACAGACGAGUCCAGGCUUGCCCUGUCUGUGUGAUCCAGUUUUCAAGCUGGAGCUCAUGUAAAUUAUUCUUGGAUCAUAAAAAUUAAGGUUUCAUGUUCCAAGGAUCACAACAUUUUAUGUUUUCUAGAUUUUAUCUCUAGAGCAGCAUAGCUGUGUUCAUGUUCAGCUGUUUAGGUAUGUAAUCAUAAGGCUGGAUCUAUAAUGUAAGAUGCUACAAACUUGUUCUUCUGUAAAAGGUCUGAAGAAAAGUUUCACUGAUAACAAAGUAUCUGUCCUUUAGUGCAGAAUAAUGCUGUAAAUGUUUGAACACUCCUGGUGGUGUAAUUUGUGCUAGGGUGAAAAAAAAGGUACAUUUGAGAUUCUUCACAAAUUGUAUUUGAUAGAUGUAAAGCAAUCCAGUUCUAAUGUGAGCAGUAUUAGGUUUUUAAAUUUCCAGCUAGAGCAGAUCAAAGGCAGUCCUGAUUUGUUAAAUGCAGUGAAAUAGUCCAGCCAAGUGCAGUCGGACGCCGACUUCAGUGUGUUGAAAAAACAAACUUUCAUAUGUGAAUAUAGCCUGUGCUGCCUAUACUAUAACUGUAGCCAUUCAGUAAAUGAAUGUGGAGACCCUCAGAAGUUUGGGUUGAUCUUUAGACUCCUCCUCUUUAGGACAAACCAAGGUAAAGUCUAAUUAUAAUAGCCAAUGGUAAUCUAUACUGGGACCAACACCAAUGUGUUUUGUACACCCUUAUAAGCCUUCCUAGAUAAUGUCAGCGUAAACUGUGCCACCUUCUAUCUUUAAACGGUGUUUGUAUAGUUUUUAAUCUUUUUAGACUGUUUUUGCCUUAUAAUACCAAGUUUAGGACUUUUGCACAGAAAACUGAACAUUAAAGUGUGCUGUCACUGUGGACUACUUAACCUAUUAUCAAGCUGUGUAACAUUUAUUUAUUAUUUAAUAAAACCAUGACAAAUACAUGUUAGUUAUAAAAAAGGUUUUAGUUAUCAUAUUGUUACAUUUCUAAAAGUCGAAUAGAGCUGUUUAUUUGCAUUAAUGUUUCAAACUUUUAAUGAAAUAAAUAUUUAAAUCCUUUA